AUGGAUUCGCUUCGAAACCCGUGCGCGAGAGGAAACUUCAAUCGGGACGCGUCGAUGUGUCAGCCAGGAGCACUGAAUAAUGCCAGUUUCUGUGGCUUCAACUCAAACGUGAAUCAAGCCGGCACUGGUGGUGCUGCCGGCGCUUUCAACAAUCAGCGUCUGGGUGCUUUCGGUAACACUGCUGGCUUCGAUGCUACAGCAAACAGUAUGAGCGCACUCGCCAAUAACUUAACAAAUCUCAACCAACGACUCAUUUCGAAUGUCGAUAAUCUGAAUCGAGCGCUGCAAAGUUUGAAUUCACUCAGUGACAACUUAAAUCGCAAUCUCUCGAGUAAUGCCAACAAUCAAUCGAACAAUUUUGCUAACAACAACAAUGCUACCUGGUUCAAAAACACCACAGCUGUCAACUCCUCAACUAAUGAUCAACCAUCAGCAGACAACCAAAAAGCAUCUGAGGGCCAGCCGACUGUUGGUGUUAUUGCGGAUGCCUCAGGUACACGUAUCGUUAUCGGAAAUGGUACCAGUGGCAAUCUUUGGGAACAUGCAAACUGGCCAUCUUCAGUUUAUCAACUGGACGCGAAUGCGGCUCAUUGA